CCGAGGCGCGAGCGAAAUCAUGGCCGAUGCAGCGCAGUCGCAGGCCAUCGAAUGGGGCAGUGCAGAGGCGGCCAACCUUUCGUGGCUGGAUGAACUCUCUGCUUCGCUGCUUUCUGCCGAUUCCUCCUCCUCCUCCGUCGGCGUCGGCGGCGGCGGUGGCCAUACCUCCUCGUCGCUCGCGCUCGGCUCUACAUCUGCUUCAACCUCUACUGCUGCUGCUGCGAGCAGCACCAUCGCGCCACAUGCACCCGCAACCUUGCCGCGAGAAUCCGAAUCGACGCACGGCGCCGCAGACGCAACGCGAACGUGGCGCCGCCGCAAUGGCCUCGCCGGACGAGCCGCGACGAACAGGCUGGCGUCACACGUGCAGGCUCAUCAUCAUGACAGUCUGCGUCUGACUGCGCCACGCUUGACGUGGGAGCAAGUGGACUCUGCGCUUUGCGCUGCAGUGGCCGCGCAACUGCAAGAGGCCGAGGCGGCGCUUCUUGCCGCUGCGAGCGCCGACGACUCCUCCUCCUCUUCUGCCGUCGUCAUCGCUCGCUCAACGCCGCCUUUGCCGCAAGACGCAGCCGCCAUCGAGACCAUCGAGUCACUCUCGGCGAACAGCAAGCCAUCUCGCGAGUCGGCAACACACCUUCUCAUUGAGCAACAAGCAGCGCGCAUCGACUGGCGACACAUCGCCAAAGUCUGCCCGCAACGCACGCCCGAGGCGUGUGAGAAGCGCUGGAAGGGCAUGCAAUUGCGAUUGCGCGAGGCGAGUGCGAGCAGCGCGGCUGCAGCGAAGAGGGCGCAAGAGGAGAAGAAGAACGAGGUGCAGGAGAUGACGAUGUCGCCGGCGGAGGAACAGCUUGCGAUCGUGCCCUCGUCGCGCAAGAGGGCCGGCCGCCAGGCGCAAGCGGCGGCGGCGCGCGCGGUGCAAGAUGGCGCCAUCGAGGCGGCAGCACCUUGCACUCGCGAGGCUCGCGAGGCGAACACGCGCAGCACGACGGCCGCGACCAUGGCGCCGCUUCAAGCGACGCCUCCUGCCAUGAUGCCGGACGCGCAGCACGCGGCGCCGAAGCAAAGCCUUGCGCUGCUGGCGGCCAAGCCUCGCAAGCGCGCCGGCAAGGCGUCGCAACAGUCAGUGUCGUCUGCUGCUGUUGUUGUUGUUGCUUCGACUGCGCCGGCUGCCUCGACGGCUGCACCCGCGGCUGCUGCAGCUGCUGAGGAGGAGGGGGAGCCUUUCACAUCCGCCGAGCCCGACAUCAUCGUCGUCGACGACGAGCAGCGGCAACAACAACAGCCGCAAGACACCACCAGCAGCAGCAGCAGCAGCAGCAGCAGCAGCAGCGUCGUCGGCGUGCCGGCCAAGCAUCGCCGCGCGACGCCACGCGCCUCAGCAGCACCUGCGAGAAGCGCUGCUGCUGCUGCUGCUGCUGCUGCUGCUUCUGCUUCUCGCGUGCCUGCUCAGCCUCAAGUCGUCUCGCCUCCUCGCCCUGCUGCCGCUACGGCCGCUGCCUCGCUUUCGCCGUCUUUGCGCAGCAUGCAAGCUCAAGAAGAAGCUCAAGCACCAGCGCCGCACGCAGACGCAGAGCCACGCUCGCAGUCGGGUGCGCAGGCGACGACGACGACGAGGACGACGAGGACGACGACGACGACGACGACGCGGCGCAGCAGUGCCCGGCGUCGGCCCGGCGCACGUGCCUUUGAGCCCAUGCUGCUCGGCCUCGCCAGGAGCGCCGGUGCAGACGCCGUGGCGCUCGAGGAGAACACGGAUGCGCAGCGGGCGACGAAGCGGACGAAGCGCUGAAGCACAGCUUCCCCCAUUCGAAAGCGCAGCAAGGGCAAGACCCCGCCGCCAAUCCCUGGCGCGCGCGCGCCCAGAAGCAAACCCCGCCCGAGACGCUCUCUGGCCUACGCGCGAUGCAAAGGGCAGCAAGCCCCUAUCUUCCCCUCCUCUCCUUUGCCCCACCCUUUCUGUUCUUCGUAACCUCUCUUCCACUUUGCGCUCCGCCCCUCCGAUCCCCU